CUGGGUUUCCUGGAGCAGUGGGGUGGGGACAGGUUGCAAAGAGAGGGGUGUCCCAGGCAUUUGUACAGGGGGACAGUGUGGGGGUGGGUGUCCCUGGACUGUGUGUGUUUGUGUAUGUGCGUGCAGGUGUGUGUGUGUGUGGCGUCACUUGAGGGGUCACCUAGUGUUUCCUAGCAGAGAGUGGGAAAGUGCCGGCCCCGGCCUCGACAGACUCGUUCAUGCGCGGCCCCACCCUGUGGGCCGCCUGACCCUACGGCUGCAGCCCCCGGACUGUGGGGGCUCUCAGGCAGCAGCGGGGCCGCCUCGCUCACCUGCCCUCGCGUCUCGACAGCCCUGGGAGUAGGGGAUCUUGAACAGCUGCCCUGAUGUUCCUGCCGAUGCGUCUGUCUUGAAGCAAAUCCUGUCUGCAAACCUGGGGUUUAUGCAAAAGCUGAAAUUAGGGAUUUUUUCUUAAGACCUGGAUUUCCCCAUUGAUUUACUGUAGGAUUCUUUGACAGAACAAAUACCCCAGUACAUUGAAAACUAGUCAGUUUUUGGAAAAUCAGCUUAAUUCAACAAGUGUUGAGUUAAAGUGUCUGCCAUGCUCCAAGCACAGUGUUGUGGGAAAUAUCAGAGAAGAGCAAGACAGGUCCUUACCCUCCAGGAGCCUUGUCUAGCCGGGAAGAUGAGACUUACCCCGUGACAUAGGCAAUGACUGUGGGAGAGCAGUGCCGGCCGGUGGCUGGGCUCUCCGCAGCGUCCCGCGCGCUCUGACGGGAUGGGCCCGGGCAGGCCAGCCUCCGCCUGCGCUCAUCUAGCACCUUGCGUCCAGCUACACGGGAGGAGUGACCCCAGGACACUUCAGGCCCAGAGCCAGCUGCAGUUUAAUAGGAGCGUUCCUGCCCAUUCCAGCAACUUGGCAGUCCGCUAUUCUUGCCCGCACGCAAUCAGAAUUGAGAAGCUGAAGGACUCAUACAGCGAGUCAUACCACCGUCACGAUCUGGGUUUGAGGGAUGGUCCCGACGGGAGCGGCUCUGCUUCGUUUUCCAUCAUCUCGGAAGAGAGGCUCAGCUGCGCCGUGCACCUGGCCAGGAGAGACAUGAAGCGCAGACAGUUGGAGGAACACGUCAAGCAGCACCGCCUCAGAAGUGAGCCCCAGCUCUCUCAGAGGUGGGGGCCCCACGAGCAUAAGAUCCCCGAGCACAGGGCGCAAAGGAAGGAACCGAGGAGCCGGGAAACGUGUCAUUGCGCCCACCAGCCGUCCACGGUGGGAACGUCCUGCUCAGGUGCCAAGGUGGACCUGUCCACAGCUUGUCCAGCACCGUCCCAUCCGGCCGUGCCCCACUCGCCGCCCACGCGCGCCCCGGGGCCGGAGCCCCACCCCAGGACCGGCGGCCACCAGAGCCUGCUGGAAGUGCAGCGGCUUCAGAGGGCAUUGAACACCUGUGUCCACAAAAUGGAAGCAGCCUCUGAGAAAGAUAGAGCGGAAGAAGCUUUGGACCCAGAUGAGGAGCGGCGAGUCCAAGUCCGGAGGCAGGAGCAAGCCGUGCGCUCCGCCCGGAUGCUCUAUGUCCUGCAGCAGCAGGUGAAAGAGAUCCAGGAAGAGUUGGAUAAAUUGAGCCCACAUAAAAUCAGACCCACGAAGAAGUCCUGGGUGAUGUCGCGGCUGGCGGCUGCCCACCGAGGAGCCAUCCGGGCCUUACAGGCAUUGGUGACGCAGCUCACGGACCGCGGGGAGCCCCCGGUUCCUGCACGCUGUAGGGGGCUGGGCAGCCUUAUCCGCCGGCUGUCACUCUGCUCUGCCAAGCUGGACGCCGACCCUUCCGUCCCCGAUGUGGUCAUGGACAUCCUGCGACAGACUGAGGCUUUGGAAUCCCUCCUGGAGAAGAAACUGUCACCAAAACAAGUGAAGAAAAGUGUCACGGAAACUCGGAGCAGGUUUCCUGUUGGUGGCCGCAGGGCCUUGGAGAGAUGGCAGAGUCCUUCGCCCAAGCAUGAGAAGAGAUCCCUCGUAGCAAAGGAGACAUUUCCAGAGGAAGCAAGAUGGCCUUCGGGGGCAAAAACGCUCCUUGCUGAUAAGUGUCCCCCUGGGGCAGUGCCUGCAGCGACCUGGAGGUUGGAGAAUGGGCUGGAUGCGAUGGGUGCGGAGAUCUUUCCGGAAAAAGCCCCAUCUGUUCCAGACCACAGCACCGGCUUCCCGGCAGAUCCACUGGCCCUGGCGAGAGCCGGAGUGGCGGCAGGGAGACCCACGGCCAGGAGCGCGGUGCUCGGGAAGAAGGAGGCCCAGGCGCCGGCGAGGCUGCCUCAGGGACUCCACAAAGCUGAAAGAAGUAGACCAACCCAGUCCCAGAGCAGAAGCCGAUUGCAGCGCACGACAGUGUCCUCCAGACUGAAAAUGAACCAGCAGCCUGUGAGAGACAACAGGGCCCCUUGGGUGCCUCCGAACCCCACGUCCCCACCAGCAUCUCCUAAGUGUGCUGCCUGGCUGAAGGUGAAGCCGAGCCCCAAAGAUGCCACAAAAGAACAGUCGCUCCAGCAGGACAAGGCUCAGGAGGAGAGUCCGUUGAGGGAAGCUGUUGUGCAGGAAGCGGUCAGACUCGCUUGGCUUGACGCUGAAGCUUGUAAAACCUUGAAGGAGCUGCAAGAACUGAAAGCUGAGGGCUCGGACAAGACGCAGAGGCAGAGUGUCUCGGACACCCAGUUAGCAGACAAGGUCGAGAAGCUGGUCCUGGAGCGUUUGAAGCCUCUCCUGGUCAAGGCCCAGCAGAGAGUCAACUCUUCUCUGGAAGCAGAUCCUCAGCUGAGGGACCAGCUGUCAGCAGACACGGCGACCGCCCAGCCCACGGAGGAGGCUGCGGCUGUGGACCGUGCGCCCCGCGGCCUUCGCCAGCUGGGGGACUGUUUGGAAGACGCCACUCACGGGCCCUGGGCCACGACCCGCCGUAGGGUCUCGGAGUCGGAAGCCUCCGCUCCCGUGGGGGACGGCAGGGACAGCCCGUAUCUGGAGACUCUGAUGCUGCGGGUGGAGGAGAUGGAGAAAUACCAGGAGACAGUUCGCCAAAGAUACAAUAAAAUUGACUAUGCUGAUCCUCAUCUUUGGAUGCAGGAAGGGAAGACGGAGCUCCCAGCAGUAAGUGAAAGGCCUCUUUCUCCUCAUCCAAUCAGGAUCACAAAGACCCCAGCUCGCAAAGACCCAGACGUGAACAUCGUGUUGGAAAGACCCCAGAACGGCAAUUCCCUGGAUGAAAGUGUGGGGACUGACGAGGGGCCUGAGAAGAGAGGGGCUCCCCUUGUGCCCCUUCCAGAGGAGAGUCCACAGAAGGAAGGCCGGGUCGCCCUGCAGGUGCCCCCGGGCCUACGGCACAGCAUCAGCGACUACUGUAGCCGCUUCGAGAAGUACCUCCGCCUGGUGGCGCACGAGGCCGUGGGUGCCUUCGACCCAUGGCUGAUGGCCGAGAGCUUCUCCGACGAGCUGGUAGACGAGGCUCUGGGGGCCGUGGCUGCGGAGCUGGAGGACGCGUGUGAGGACUAUGCGGAAGCCGUGUUCACCUCGGAGUUCCUGGAGGCCGCGACCUGAAGGCGCUCCCUCCGCGGCCGGCCUCCUCCCCGGGGCCCCGGGCGGUCUUGAGCCUGGCUGUCCCUCUGUGCUGCCGGGGUGCUCCCAUGGGGAGGGGCCCCUGGCAUCUUCUUGUCGUGGCGAUGGUUCUGGGGUUGAUGACAGAGGGCGAGCUGUUUCCCGGGGCCUGGGAAUCGUGAAUUAUGACAACGUAAUAGUUUCUCAGUGUGUAAUUUUCCUACUGAGAUCCUGUGCUCGUUCGGCUGCCGAGUCUGGUGAUGCGAGCGUUUGGAGAGGUGCCAGCCGGUGUCUCUCCCUCGAGGGCCCACGUUGCUGCCUGAGCUCCCGUCACCCCGAGCUCGCUGCCGCCGGGACAGGAGCCCGCCUGCCCUCAGCGUGCUGCCAGCCAGUCCUCCACCCCUGCCGGUCCUCCGUGCGCAUCGCGGUCCGCAGCCUGUUCUUGCCCCGGCGGACGCAUCCUGAUGUGCAGACGGCGUCAGGGUGCGGGGGCCAUCGGAGGCCGUCGGGAGGGUCCCGAGCUGGCGUCCCUGUGUGCAGGGCCGGCGCUUCCACGCCUGCGGACCCAGGGGAGCCCGGGCACGGGGAGAGGACCGGCCUGGAUGCGGGAAGCCCUCCGGGGCCCCCGAGACAGGAGGACACGUAAGAGCCACAGUCGUGCGAUCCUCUCGUGGCACGUGCAUAAACGUAAGGCCACUUCCUGGAAGAAGCUUCCCUCCGUCGGCCGGCCUGGGCUUGGCGGAGGGGCCGCGAAGGGAGCGACGCGAGGCCCCCGUGGAUAAUGUGAAUCCUUGUGACGCGUGCGGUGUUGCGUCUGGGCUUCCUCUGCGGUGCGCGUGUUUGAGGUGACCGCGUGAGCCGCUCGCCACACCAACGCGCGCACAGCUGGGUCGUGUGUCUUGUUGAUGUUCUGCCUAAUUGCACGCGGCCUUGGGAUCAAGAAGGCUCUGGGGUUAAAGGUCUUCGUCGUGCGGGAGGCGCGCGUGCACCUGAGGCGGCGGCAUCGGUAGCUGGAGUUCGUGUGGCCGUUUGUACUGUGCUGAUUCCUUAAAUAAACUCAGGAUUUU